GAAACACUGUAUUUAAGCAGUCAAAGUUCCUCAUCCUGGAAUACUCAGAUGCUCAAUCACAGCUGAAGACUCUUCUGAGCAUUCCAGACAGCAGACUGUCAGCCUAAAACCAUAUUCUACAGGCUUUCAACAGGAUCCCUGAGCUGAGAUGUGUGUCAGUCACUGCUCCAAGUGUGUGGGAAUGGCUCUGAUCCCGAUAGCCAUCGUCUGCAUGGUGGCAAAUGUGCUGCUGUUGUUUCCUGACAUGAAGUAUCAGUACCUGACAGAGCGUCAUGUGACCAGAGAGGCCAUAUGGUGCUCUGGUAUAUGGUCAUCUGGCCUUCUGGUGCUUGUGGCUGCUCGAGGCUUUACAACACACUACGAAAAGAAAGGAUGUUGUUAUUUUACUGCUGAGGUUUUGCGUAAGUUGGGAUACACAUGUUUGGUCAUUGUGGCAGCUGGGUUCUGUUUCGUGGUCAGUGGGAUGGGGCUGGUGCGGGGACCCCUCUGUUUACACAAUGGCACUGAAGGCCUAAAGUGGGAACGGCCAUUAAAAAAAGUCAAUAUUGGAGAGGAGCUGUAUCUGUAUGAUCCGGAGCGGUGGGCAUCAGCCUGUGAGGAACCUCGAGGUGUCGUGAUCUGGAAUAUUGUUCUUUUCUCUGUUCUCAUGGCAGCAAGCGGCCUUGAGUUCAUCUUCUGCGCUCUGCAUCUCCUCACCGCCUUACUGGAGUUCAUGUGUGGACCCGGCUUCUGGAAGAAUAAGGUUGUUCCUGCUUGAAAUGACUAGAGGUUCUAUUAUUUUCAUCUGCAUGUGAGAAUGACUUUCAGCUAUGACUACUUAACUUAUUUUAAACAGAGAAAAAAUAGAAAUGAGAAGUGGAUUAGGAAAGCCAGUUUUCACAUCCCUGAAUCUUUUACUACACUGUCAUCACGCAAGUCCAUGUUCCUGUUGCUCAGCUGGUUCAGCAUGAUGCUGAACAAAUAUAAAUAAGCUAUUUAAAACAUAUAUGUAAAAACAUAUAUGUAUAAAAUAUAUAAUUAAUAUAUUGUGAUAUAUUCUCAGAACGCACUUUAAUUUUUAUGCAUAUUCAAUAUAUAUGUGUGUAAUUAUAUGUAUGUGAUAUAAUACAGUUGAUACUGAAAUGCUGUGUUAAAAUGUUCUAUUUAUUGUUUAAUUUCUACAAGAUUAAAAUUGUAUGUUCGGUGUGUAAAA